AUGGGAGAUACCGGAAGAGGCUUUCCGACCUACUGUAGAUGUGGCACACGAGUCAUACGGCUCACAUCAAAAACCAUAACUAACCCGGGGCGUCUCUUUCACAAAUGUCCCUAUGGCAAUGAGAACAAUCGUCAUCAUUUGUUCAAAUGGACAGAUGAAUCAAUGGUUGAGGAGAUUGAGGAUAUGAAGCAAAAAUUCGAUGAAAUUGAGAGAGCUUCAAGCACCAUUGAGAAGGGUUUACAAGUUUGUGAAUCUGAGAUGGAAUCUCUUGCAAUCGAAACUCGCACUUGUUGCAGUGUGGUUAGCGGUUAUGAGAAGGAGCUAAGAGGAUUUGAAAAGGAGAUUGAAGAUGUCAAGAUGGAACUUAAGAGCUUGAAGAACAUGGUUGUGUGUGUUGUAGUGUUUGGUCUUUUGUAUAAGCUCUUUAUGUAG